AUGCACAAAAGCAGAUCUACGACUGGAUCUUGUCUGCUUCCCCCCAUCCCCUUCCCUAUUUCCCCCCCAUCCCCUUCCCUGCUUUCCCCCCUCCCCUUCCCUGCUUCCCCCGAUCCCCUUCCCUGUUUUCCCCCAUCCCCUUCCCUGCUUCCCCCCAUCCCCUUCCCUGCUUCCCCCCAUCCCCUUCCCUGCUUUCCGCCAUCCCCUUCCCUGCUUCCCCCCAUCCCCUUCCCUGCUUCCCCCCAUCCCCUUCCCUGCUUCCCCCCAUCCCCUUCCCUGCUUCCCCAUGCCCCCUUCCCUGCUUCCCCAUGUCCCCUUCCCUGCUUCCCCCGAUCCCCUUCCCUGCUUUCCCCCAUCCCCUUCCCUACUUUCCCCCCUCCCCUUCCCUGCUUCCCCCGAUCCCCUUCCCUGCCUUCCCCCAUCCCCUUCCCUGCUUCCCCCCCUCUCCUUCCCUGCUUUCCCCCAUCCCCGCCCCUGCUGUCCCCCAUCCCCUUCCCUGCUUCCCCCUCUCCCCUUCCCUGCUUUCCCCCAUCCCCGCCCCUGCUUUCCCCCAUCGCCUUCCCUGCUUCCCCCAAUCCCCUUCCCUGCUCCCCCUCCAUCCCCUUCCAUGCUUUCCCCCAUCCCCUUCCCUGCUUCCCCCCAUCCCCUUCCCUGCUUCCCCCCAUCCCCUUCCCUGCUUCCCCCCAUCCCCUUCCCUGCUUCCCCCCAUCCCCUUCCCUGCUUCCCCCCAUCCCCUUCCCUGCUUCCCCCCCUCUCCUUCCCUGCUUUCCCCCAUCCCCUUCCCUGCUUUCCCCCAUCCCCUUUCCUGCUUCCCCCCCUCUCCUUGCCUGCUUUCCCCCAUCCCCGCCCCUGCUUUCCCCCAUCCCCUUCCCUGCUUCCCCUCUCCCCUUCCCUGCUUUCCCCCAUCCCCGCCCCUGCUUUCCCCCAUCGCCUUCCCUGCUUCCCCCAAUCCCCUUCCCUGCUUCCCCCCCUCCCCUUCCCUGCUCCCCCUCCAUCCCCUUCCAUGCUUUCCCCCAUCCCCUUCCCUGCUUCCCCCCAUCCCCUUCCCUGCUUCCCCCCAUCCCCUUCCCUGCUUCCCCCCAUCCCCUUCCCUGCUUCUCCCGAUUCCCUUCCCUGCUUUCCCCCAUCCCCUUCCCUGCUUCCCCCCAUCCCCUUCCCUGCUUCCCCCCAUCCCCUUCCCUGCUUCCCCCCAUCCCCUUCCCUGCUUCCCCCCAUCCCCUUCCCUGCUUCCCCCCAUCCCCUUCCCUGCUUCCCCCCAUCCCCUUCCCUGCUUCCCCCAAUCCCUUUCCCUGCUUCCCCAUGCCCUCUUCCCUGCUUCCCCAUGUCCCCUUCCCUGCUCCCCCUCCAUCCCCUUCCAUGCUUUCCCCCAUCCCCUUGUGA